UUUUCACGUAUUUUGUAGCAUUUUUAUAAUUGUAAUAAGAAAAGCGACGCAAAAUGUCACGACAAGCCUCCAGAUUGGAUGCCAAGAAAGUGUAAGUGAGGGCGUGAGAGGGAAACGAGGCAAACAAAAUAGCGCAACCUGCGCGCUAUGGAUAACCAUUUUAGCAGUAACCGCACAACAGCCACAGCAACAAGAAUGAGCAACGCUGCCGCCAGCAGCAGCAAUAACAACAACAACAGCAAUGUGAACAGCGCGACGGGCAACAAUGUGAAUACGGCAACGGCCACGGUUGGCGUCGGCAAUGCCGGACAGCCUAUACAGGUGAUACCGAUGCCGCUGCUGCCGGCGGGCGCAGCCCAGAUCAUAAUUGGCCAACAGCCGCAGGCACAGGCCGGCGGCGGUGCGGCGGGCGGACUGCAGCCGCAAUUGAUACCCUUGCAGGCGAAUCAAAUAAUGCUGCAGGCGCAACAGCAGCCGCAGAUGCAGGUGAUGCAACUGCCCGAUGGCCAGACCAUAUUCUAUCAGACGCCCACGAUCGCACAGCUCGAUCCCAAUGCGGCGGCGGCAGCAGCAGCGGCGGCCGCAGCGCCACAUUAUCUCAACAUCAACGGGCAAUUGGUGCAAAUCACGGCGGCGCCCAGUGCCGGCCAAGCGGCGCCCACAGCGGGACAACAGAUCAUAAUGUUGCCGCAAAUGACGACCGUAAAUGCGGCUGCGGUGGCCGCCAAUGCAGCCAGCAAUGUGGCCCAGAACUGUAACAAUGUGCAACAGCAACAACAACAACAACAACAGCAGCAGCAACAACAACAACAACAGGCUCAGGUGCAGGUGCAGCUGCAGACGACGACGCCGAGCACGCUGGGAGCCGGCACAAGCGCGAGCAAUGCGAGCAGCGCCGAUGUCAGCACCAGCACAACGGGCACGAACACAAACAGCGAGGAUGAUGAUAACUCCAAGGGCGAGGCGGACGAGGAGCCGCUCUAUGUGAAUGCCAAGCAGUAUAAACGGAUAUUGAUACGGCGGCAGGCACGCGCCAAACUGGAGUCGCGCAUCCCAAAGGAGCGCUGUAAAUAUUUGCACGAAUCUCGGCAUCGGCAUGCAAUGAAUCGGGCGCGCGGCGAGGGCGGUCGCUUUCAUUCCGCCCAGGAGAAGGGCGAUCAGUCCGCUGGCAUGGAUGGUGUCAGUCUGCCGCUGGCCGCGAGCGGCGGUGCAACGCUUAGUCGGGGCACCGCGCGGGCGCCGCCCAAACUGAUAGCACCGCACCAAACGCCGAGCAUAACCAUAACGGCCAUCAAAUCGGAAUAGGCGGCGGAGAUUGCGUAGAUUGUUGUAGAUAACACCUAACAUAGUUCUGUAAACUUAACAUAGCCAUGUAGUCGUAUAUGUUAAGUCUAAUGUUAAGCUCAGGUCAUGACUCGUUUUUUUCAACUGUACACAAUUGCAAAUAUAUUUAUAUUUAUUUAAAUGUGUGUGCAUAUCGGUGCGAGAAUGUUUUAAGUGACACGCGAAGUUAACGAAACAGCGCUGACCAUGGAAAUGUGUGUAAAAAUAAUAAACCCCAGGCUGAAUUUUCCAAAACCAAAGGCAUUUUCAUCCUUGCGGAUGCCAAAAAGAACACGCGCUGUUAACUUGAAAGCACUGUUAAAUUAACAACACUGUUAACUUAACAGCACUGUUAACGAUCACAUUUGUUAAAUAUAAACUAACAAAAAUAGUUGUAAAAACGGAAUCUUACAGAAUAAAACACAUUAUUUUGUGUAUUUUAAAGCA